GCAUUGACAGGGAAUGCAGAUCCACAGCCUUCCAACCGUUUCACUAUCCCCUUUGCACGGGUCCCCAUGAGGAAUGCGCCACCGGACACACGCUGUGCUCACGAGGACGGACGCAAGGGAUACCAGAGCAUGAGGCCUGGUUCUGGUUCUGGUUCUGGUCAGGGCCUAAGCACGGAAGUAAGGACCCACCCGAAGCUGAAAAAAGAAAAACAAAAAACAAAAAACAAAGAAGUCUAUUCGAGAGAUUCGUCCGCGUCUGCAGGAGAAAAUGGAAAAUCAAACGGUCUGGCACCGUCCACAACCCCUCCCGUCCCGAUCUGGAAUAUGAUUGACACAGGAAUCCCACGUCCAUUCACAGCCAAGGAAUAA